CCGCAGGCUUGGCCGGCUUCGAAUCCGUGGAACAACCCGAGCGCUCCGCCCGCGGCGCCGGCCGGGCUGCCCCCCAGCACCUCGGCCUCCAGCGUGCCCUUUGGACCCCCUCCCACAGCCAUGUAUCCUUCCAUGCCCCCCGGACCGCCUGCUCCAUUUCCUCCUCCUCCUACCGGACCCUCCUGCCCUCCUCCGGGCGGGCCGUACCCGCCCCCAGCCGUGCCAGGUCCUGUCCCACCUGGGCAGUACCCUCCGCCAAACAUGCCCUUUCCAGAGCUUCCAAGACCUUAUGGCGGUCCGACAGAGCCAGCUGCGCCUCCUGCUCCUGUCGGGCCAUGGGGAUCCAUGCCCUCUGGAGCGUGGGGACCGACGAUGGGAGGGCAGUAUCCUGCACCUAGCAUGCCAUAUCCACCCCCGGGGCCAUAUUCUGCUCCUACCCAGACUCCAGGGGCUGCGCCGACGGUGCCGUGGGGCACGGUUCCGCCCGGAACGUGGGGACCUUCACCGCCAGGUCCGUUCCCUCCACCCACAGGAUCAUAUCCAGCUCCAGGACUAUAUCCUACGCCCCCCAAUCCUUUUCAAGUGCCAUCUGGUCCUGCUGGUGCUCCAUCAAUGCCUGGUGGUCCCCAUCCUUACCGUUGAACACAUUCUGGGCAACAAAAUACUGUAGCUUUCCACCUUCAUCCACUACUUACAGAGAUUUUUACAGUUUUUGUUUCAGUAAUGUUUGGGAAGAUGAAGAAUACUUGCCUCUUGUAUGUACAUUUGAGGUAUGAAGGAGCAGUCUGCAUAAAUUUACCUUGCUCAUAUGCUGGCACUGUUGUUUGGUUUAAUAAAAUGAGUGAUGAAGAGCAGAAAUAAAACUUUAACACCUGUGGUUCUUAUGUUGGCAAGUAUUCCUUGGAGAAACAGGAGUUGCUGAGUAAGGAUUGUAAAGAAUCAGGCCCAAGGACUUAAAAAAAAUGUUUAUUCUUAAAUUUCCAUGAAUGCUUUAAGUCUCAUUGCCAGACUUGUGCUGGUCACUGAAUGAAUGGAUAGUCGUAUUUUGUCUAUUUUCAGGUUAUUCUAAAAUGCCAAUAAAAAGUGUUCCAAGGUGGGUUUUUUUGUCAAGAAAUCUGAUUUUUUUGACCGUGCUACAGUAA